AUGAAAAUAAAAAUAUUAGCACGACCCGAACACAAAUUUUUCUAUGCCUUAUUAGCAGAUUCUUCGCGAAGCGUUACAAAAGAAGAACAAACCCUUACUAUAAAAAGAUUUAUCGAAGCUGGUCAAAUAAUUAGAAAUAAAGACAAACCUGUCAAUAAAUACAUCGAAAGGACGCAUAUACAACAGUUCAUUCGAGACAAAAUAGAAAUUAAUUUAGAAGCCUUUGAGAAUGGAAGUUCUCGUUUACAUUAUUAUCAGGGAAUCAGUAUCUCAGGUGGUUCUGGUACUGGAAAAACGCGACAUGGAUAUGAGACGAUUAACAUAAUCAAAGGCCCGAAACAAAUUCAUGAUGGUAGUUUUGAAGUUAUUCAUAUAUUUGUUCAGAUUUUUCCAGAAUCUUCCCUCGUUCAUUUUGAUAAACGUCCUCCACGUGACCCAUCUACAGGACGUUAUCCUCAUGAUUCAUCACACGUAAUCUUGUAG